GUGCUGGGAGUGACAAUGGUUGCAUCUCCGAGCAAGCUGGGAUUGUCAUCUCAAGAUGGCUCAGCUUUGGAGAUGGACGCCCUUGGCCGACCUUUCCAGGUGGGGAUGCUCUAUGACUGUCGCACUGAUUCACUCAUUCCAGAUGUCACUCUAUGGGACUUGGAAAACCUCAAGAAAGACCUCAAAAUUAAACCCCAGAAAAACACGCAGGUCAACAUCAUCACUUUGGACUCCUUGGAUGAGAAAACUUCCAUCUUAAAUGUGACAGCCUCUCUUAAAGCGAGCUUCUUGUCUGGCUUGAUUGAGGUUGGUGGAGCUGCCAAGUACCUCAAUGACACCAAAUCAUCCAAACUACAGUCCAGGGUCACCCUGCACUACAGCACGACCACCAGAAUGGAGCAGCUCACCAUGAGCCACUUGGGGAAUCAGAACGUCGUCUAUCCAGAAGUGUUUGAGCAGAAAUCGGCCACCCAUGUUGUCACAGGUGUGUUGUAUGGAGCUCAGGCUUUUUUCAUUUUUGAUCAAAUGGACACUAAAGAGGAACAGAACCGAGAUAAUAAAGGAAAAUUAGAAACAUUAAUUAAAAAAUAUAUUUCUGUAGAUGGGAAAAGAGACUUAAAAAUGAUAGAUGCUGACAAGGAAACCGCUGACCAUCUUAACGUCACAUUCUAUGGUGAUUUUCUCCUUGAUCACAAUCCUACAAGCUUUCUGGAUGCCAUGCAGAUUUACAACAAUUUGCCAAAGCAUAUUGACGAAGAUGACAAGCUAGCUGUGCCCGUCCAGGUCUGGCUGUACCCGCUGAAACAUCUCAACUCACAGGCUGCUCAGGUGGUACAAGAGAUCAGUGUGGCACUUGUGUCCAAAUCUCAGGAGGUCCUGGAGGAAUUAGACGAGCACAUCAUGAGGUGUAAUGACAUCAUGAAAGACGGUGUUGUCAACAACUUUUCUAUUAUUAGGAAAAAUGCAAAUGACUUCAAAUCAAUGCUUAAUCAAUUUAAAUAUACCUUCCAAAAAGAACUGGCAAGGGUCUUGCCAAAUAUCAGGGGGGGGUGACGCAAGUGAAGGAGAGCUGGCCAACAUUCUGAAGAAGAAGGAAGAGUCGCCAUUUAAGAAGUGUGUCAUAACAACAUGGCUGGAUAAAAGAGAAAAGGAAAUCACUAUGCUCAGAAGUUUCUUUAAUCGAAUUAAUGAAAUAAAACUUGAUAUUGUUAUAAAUGACCUGGAUACAUUAAUUUACAAUACCAGUAUUAAAAAUAUUGUCUGCUUGACGUUCACUUCACUGCAUGUGUGUCAGCCAUACAUGUCAGAAAUGGAACGCUAUCUUCAAGCCCCUUCUAGGAAGUCCUCAUAUCAUCUGUCAGAGCCAAGUGAAGAGUUAAUCAUCCAGAAUUUCAGACAGCAUUCCCAGCGUUUCAUUGAGUUUGCUGAAAUAAACCAAAGCAGCAAAACAACGAGAUUUCUCGUCCGGUCAAAGGCUGAUGGUGAAUAUCUUGGGGCAACAAUCUAUUUGUAUAAAUGUGGGCAUCUCAUAAACAAAAACUUUCAGCUUCCACCGAAACCUGAGACUCUUGUGGUUGACUCCCAGACAGAAGACAGUGUAACCUUAAAGUUAAGACCACCAAAGUGUGACUUAGAAGGGUACAGAGUGGAGUAUAAGCGACUAGAAGAUGAAGAGUGGAAGACUGUGAACACAACUGAUAAAUGUGUAAAAUGUACCAUCACAGAGUUACAUCCAACUUCAACAUAUCAACUCAGACACAGAGCCAUUUGUCAAGUUGGUGUGAGUCAGGCCAGUGAUAAGAUUGAAGUAAGAACACUGCCCAUUAUAAAGCCUACGGGAAGACAUGCUAUAAAAGACAAAUGUAAGGAGAUAACAGAUGGAAAAUUAAGAAUUCAUCUUUUGUCUUUGAAAUCACAGUUCAUAAAUACUGUGAAGAAGAUAGAAACAUGUUCCUUUGGAAACAGAACAUCCAUCAAACCUUCAAAAACAAUUAUGGUCCUUGGAGAAACAGGUUCUGGCAAAUCCACCCUGAUCAAUGGAAUGGUCAACUACGUAUUUGGUGUCCAGUGGGAGGAUGACUUCAGGUUCAAG